ACUUAAAACAUAAAAAAAAGAAACAAUAAAAUGUGCCUGCAUUUCCAAAGUGGCAUCGCUGUUAAUUUUUCACUCGAAUAAAAACAAUUCCGCCCGCCACCCCCUACAAACAGCUGUGCAUGAUUAUAAAUAAUCACUGGUAACCACAUUGGUAGGCACCAUAUACGUAAUCGCUGCAUUUCUCCCAAAUGGCUCUUUCACACGCCCGCAAAGAAGAGAUUCCCAAAGAUGCCAUUGUUAUCAAUGAGGAGCAGGCGCUAGCUUAUCAGUGGCGGGUCAUAUCGAACUGGGAGAAUCGCUGGGAAGUGUGGAGCUUACGGUACGGACCCGGUUUUCUUGGAGCCAUGGCUGCGGCUACGGGUAUUUACGUAAACAGUCAUUACCGUCACAAGUUAAAGCUGGGCAAUUAUGGCAAGGCAUCUACUUACUUGCCCAUCGUAGUCAUACCAGCUAUGUUCUCAGUGCUGUCACACAAAUUUCUAAUACAACGAAAUGUCUUAUUGGAUCAAGGUACCCAAUGUCCGCUUUGCUUACAAAUACGCGCCGGCGCUUUUCAAGCAGGAGUGGGUGUUUGCUAUCCAACCGUAUUGGCGCCAUUUGCAGCCUUCAUGUUCGCCACUCGUCACUUCACCUACCGUUUGCCGUCAAUAACAAAAGAACCAAUCGCGGUAUUUAGAUCAUGGCGAAAUAUGACGCGACCCAUAUUUCCGGUGCUAGGAGCGGCAAUUGCCGGGCAAGCGGUGAUAGCUAUGUAUAUCACAUAUAAGGAACAGAUGCAGAAUUGGCGUUUAGAGAUGAAAAUGAGACGCUUGGAACAGUUGGCGGAGGAGAAGCUUGAAGAAGAAAAGCUGCUGCAGGCAGCAAAGAAUUUUUAAAUGCAUUUGAUUUGUAUUUAUUCAUGGAUUAGGAGUUAUUGAGCGAAAAGGAUAUCUAAAAUGUAAUAGAUGUUGAGCAAUUUCCUUCCAUUGGACAGUUAGUCAUGGCCCCACUCCCAAUGUUAUUGUUUUUAAAAUUAUUAUUUUUUCAAGGAUCCAAAAAGACCAAAAAAACAUCAACAAAACAUAUAUUUUUCAAUUAUAAUUGAUAUUUUUAAAUACUUUAAUGAUCCAUGCUUAUUUAUGGGUACAGUAUUUAUUUUUCCGUUUUCUUACACAAAAAUAUGUAAUUGAACAGCUAAUCAAUUAUAAAUCAGUUGGCUCCAAGGUAAUAUGCACUAUGUAUUUAAGCGAUUAUAAAUUAAAGAAUAAUUUUCCUUGUACUAAACGACUAAGAGAACAAUUUAACUAUUGCUUAACUAA